CUCUCUGUCCAUUGAGAAGAAAGCAGCCAGCAUGAGGGCCCGGCUGCCCCUCUUCCUCCUUCUGAUCCUCCUCAGCAGCUCACAUGGGACAGGGCCAGGAAUGACUCUGCAACUGAAGCUGAAGGAAUCCUUUUUCGCAAAUUCCCCAUAUGAUUCCAGCUUUCAGGAAUUGCUCGAGAAGCUCUGCCUCCUUCUCCAUCUACCAACUGGGACCAACGUCACCCUGCAUCACGCAGGGUCCCCGCACCAUGUCCUCUGCAAAGUCUGA